AUUGGUCGGUUCCGUGAGCCUGGGACACGCCCAGUCGACGGGCGAUAAACUCUCCACAGCCCGCCGCUGAUCGAUGCACGCAGCCCCUGACUUUCUUCCCACCUCUUCUCUUUUUUCUCUUGACAAACAGCUUCGUCUGUUGUCUUCCUCCUUGCGUCACAUCCCACCCUUCCGCAAGUGCUUCUCGAAAGGAAAGGCCCAUGGAUUCCACCUGACCGGCCGAACCCGAGCCUCGGUUGUAGUCGUUGGCUUGUUUCGUCGCCCCAUGUGUCAGAGUCGCAUCAAGCUCUGUUCGCCGUCAGCGCCAGUCUCACCAGCCAAAGUCGCACCCAAAGAGGGCGCCUAGAAACUCGCACCAAACAGAGACAUUCCCUGGGUCUCUUGUUUUUCGACCCUCCUUUUUCUUCCUCCAUCUUAUCCCCUUUCCCACCUCACGUGCUUCCGGUCCCUCCGGAUCUUCGCGCGUCGUCAGCCAGCACAAGUGCCUUGCAGUCAGUCCAUGGGCACCACUCAUCCCCUUGUGCCCGCGGUUUCCGACAGAUCAUCCCCCAGAUCUUGUGCUGCAUGGUACAUGAGAGUCCUGGUGUAACGCUAGAAGCUUCUGAACUCGCCUACCCUGCGCCACGCCUUCAACUCCACAACUGGGUCAGCAAACCCCUGGCCCAUCCCCUGAUAAAUACCACAUCCCCACGCGCCAUGCCUGUUACAGAGCUCACCGGCUUGCUCCUGGGCUUGCUCCGCUACUGUAACCUUGCUCUGCAAUUUUUUGCGGUGUCGAAUCCUUUAUAUGACCCAGGCAAGGGAACACCACAAGGCGCGGGCCUCUUUUUAUCAUUCAGGAAGCCUGGCGUCAGCAACAACAGCAGCAGCAACGGCAGCAGCACCGAUAACGAUACCAAGAACCCGGCGAAGGAGAUGGCGACCCCAAAGCACGCGACACACAAGUCGCUCCUCCCCUCCCACGAGUUCUACCUGGCAGCCGGCACCGUGACCGUCGACCGCCGCACCCGCAGGGCCUUGGUCCUGCACGACAGGCUGACGGGGCUUCACGGCCUGCCGCGUGGCCGCGCCGACUGGGGAGAGUCGCUGACGUCCACUGCCGUGCGUGAGACGCUCGAGGAGGGGGGCGUGCGCUGCGCGCUGCUACCCGUCCCCGUCCCGACGCGCGCCACGCCCCCGCCCGGCCGCACCAGCCCGGCCUCGUCGCUCUCCCCCUCACCCAGGCUCGUCGCUAGUAGCGGCAGCGGCACCCCGGAACCGAUGCUGUCGUCUACCGAGGACUACCAUCAGUCCCACUACAGCUCAAAUCCCAUCGCGGCCGCCGACCCGGACGACGACGACGACGAGAUCCGCGACGAGGUCGGCGAGGUGACCAAGGGCGUGCUGCUGACGGAGCCCUUUGCACUGCUGACGCACUUUCGGUCCAACGGCGCCCUCGCCGUCGUGCACUGGUUUGUCGCCGAGGCCGACUCAGCCGUGCCCUUCGAGGAAGGAGGGCAGAUGGCCGACGAGGACUACGAGCCCCGCUGGGUCGGAUUCGACGAGGCCGCCCGCCUGAUGCCAGACUCCAAUCACGCCGACGUUGUUUCGAGGGCUGUCCGCCUCGUCGACAGGCUCGAGGCCAUGGAGAGGCGGGGCGAGAUUGCCGUUUCUUGCUGAGGUCCGAGGCGUCGACAGAACAAUGUUUGCCUCGAGACUCACACUAGAUAUCUCCCAUGGUGUGCUCUAGGAAUGAGAAGAGGGCAUCUGCUGCAUUUUUGACUGGCGAUUGGCGCGCGGAUUCUUUUGGUUCAACAGGGGUAUUUUUUAGCUCCAUUUCAGAUUUUGGGUUUCUAUCGGGUCGGCACCAUUGUUUUUGUCUCGUUUCAUUUAAAUCAUGAAGGAUUGGAAUAAUCAUGACGAUUAGGGUAUACCAUUAAACGGGAGUAACAGGCAGUGUCCCCAAGGACAACUAUAGCGAAUAUUAGGCUAGGAAAGAACCGGUUCAUGACAAGGCCAA